AUGCUGCAGCAGGAGGCUACGCGCAACGAGGUGACCGUUCUUCUGACAGGCCUCAGCACCUCGAUGCUGGGCUCGGACGCGCAAAGGGCCACAUUGCCACAGGGCCCACCCGAGAAAGAGCGGGAUGCCAUGGUCAUGGCAUUCUUCGUGGUGGCCAUCUUCGAGGUGAAUUGGGCGCUGAGGCUGCUGGUGGUGGAGCCCUUGGCCUGGCUGGCGAUCGGUAUCCGCAACGAACCGUUGGUGAAAUUUUCCCAGUCUGUGCUGGAGGCUGUUGUCUAUGGAACCUUCACGGUCAUCGGUAUUGCCAUUGUUCCCAACCAGCCUUGGGCUUGGCCUAGCGCCAACUGGUGGCGAGGUUUCGACAGCGGUGAGCAUUUGAUCAUGCGCUCUGACCUUCGUUGCUUCUACAUCCUGUAUGCAGCACGCUACAUCCAGGCGGCCAUAACGGUGCUGCUGGAGCCAAAGCGCAAAGACUUUUUGGAGAUGAUGGUGCAUCACGUGGUUACCAUUGGAGUUGUCUAUGUCUCGUACUUUGGCGGAUGGAAUCGAGUGGGGGUGGUCGUCAUGGUGUUGCUAGAUCCAGCAGAUGUACCGCUGCACUUGGCGAAGUUGUGCAAAUAUACAUCGGAGCAGUUGCACAUGAGCAUCUGGCAGUUUUUCGCUGAUCGCCUGUUCGAGUUCUUCGCAGUUUUGUUUUUCGUGACACGCCUGGUGAUGUUUGGGUACGUAUGCUGGUCUUCUCACAUUGAGUCCCAGCGGUACUUCAUCAAGGAUUACGCUGCCAGCUUUUGCGUGCUGUUGCUCUACCUCUUGAUGGUUUUGCAGCUGUACUGGUUUGGGCUCAUCCUCAAGGUCGCGGUGAAGCUGAUGCGAGGGCAGGGUGUAGAGGACAUCCGCUCAGAUGACGAGGAAGAGCACCUCGACAGUGCCAUGUGCCUCUGA